UAUAAACACAAUAAAUAAACUUUUUAUUAUUUAACAGGAAAUAAGAGAAGUGAAAUGUUAGAAUGUACUCUGUAGCAUGUGAGGGGUAUGUGCUAACAUGACCAUAUGACUGCUUAAAAUCCACUCUAACCAUUUCAUUUCAUUUAUUAAUGGAAAUAAAACGUUUAUAAAUAAGAAGAUGAAGCCAGGUUGUUGUACAGAUUCACUGAUCUGUCUCUGAAGGCUCUCUAUAGGAGUUAUUUUAGUUAUACUUCAUGCUUUCAGUUUCAUCCAGCUCCUAAAGUGCGCUUUAAGAGUUUUGCCUCUGCGUGCGCGUGUGUGUGUGUGUGCGCGCGCUGUAUAACACGUUACUGUGAUUUAGAGCAAGACACGAGACCAUGGAUGUCACUGAGCCCGCGCACAGUAACGGGUCGGAAUACGAGUAUGAUUACUUUGAUUAUUACGAGUUAGACGCGCUGGCGGACUUCCGGCCGUGUGAGAAACACCAGGUGAAAAAGUUUGGCCGUUCUUUCCUGCCCGCUUUUUACUCGGUCUCGUGCGCUCUCGGUCUGCUGGCCAAUUUCACCCUCCUGUACGUGCUCGUGCGGAGCAAACCAGCGAGAAGAUCUCACGCCGCGUGCAUGCUGUGCUCGGACCUGCUGUUCACGAGCACCCUGCCGUUCUGGGCGGUGUACGCAGCGCGGGAAUGGAUCUUCGGCGCGCGCGCGUGCAAGUUCGUCACGCUGGUGUACGCGGUCGGUUUGUACAGCAGCAACAUGUUCGUGGCGUGUGCGGUGCUGCGGAGCUGCGUGGGCGCCGCGUGCGUGUUCCGGUGUUUCCGACGCGUCGGGGAGACCACGAAGAGCGUCGUGUGGUGCGCGUGCGUGUGGCUGCUGUCGUGCCUGGCCGCUGCAACGCACCUGAACUUCGUGGAGGAGCACCACACCCACGGCGAGACCUACUGCACCUACCACUUCUCACAAGGCUGGAAGGUCUUCAUGCGCCUCCAGCUGAUCGUGCUCCUCUUUGGGAUUCCGUUCCUGCUCCUGCUCGGUUCCUCCGUGGUCUUGUUCCUGCGCACUCGCUCCACAGGGCGUUCCAGGAUGCUGAGGCGUACGGUGUUCUCCACUGGGCUGUUCUUUGCACUCUGGUUCCCGUACACGUUGGUGCUGAUCCUGCACAUUCUGCAGGAGCUGCACGUGGUCUUGGAGUGCAACGCCAGUCUCCACCUGGACUACGCCAUCCAGAGCACAGAGUGCAUCGCCUUCACGCACGUCUUCAUCAACCCCGCGGCGUACGUGCUGCUCAAUAACCGAGCGUGGAGGACCCUCAGAGAGAAGUGUGUGAGCCCAAGGGAGUACCUGCUGGACGUGUCGGAGAACACGGACAGCGCAUCCAGUCAGGACGGCGGCGUAGAGUUAAGAGCUCUCCAGAGUUGCUCAGAUCCUGAGUACGAGCAAGAAACCGCCGAGAAACCAGGACACGUAUUACCGCGAGCCACGUAACCUUCACUGAGAUCUCAGAGGAAGAAGACUGGACUAAACAUUUGUCUUCCUAUAUAAAGAUAAUGUUUUAGCUCCCACUAAACAUCUGCUAAAGUCAACCACAGUGUGCUGCUAAUGUUCUAUACAAAGUCAGUGAGUAGUCAGUGUUUGUAGUCUGUGUGUAACCUGAUAUGAAUAUUAUCCACUUCCUGUUAUUCAUGCAAUAGUAACAUGAUGACUAUGACAAUGAACUGAAGAAAUCAGUCAAUAAAUAAACUCAUUAUCUCUCUGCUAUAAGCUAGAAUGUAUUUUCAGAUCUUAUCCACACCCAUGUUUUCUGUGAGGUUUUUUCCUCAGACUGCAGAACCCUCGCUGACCCGCCCUUCCUCCAGCUCACUUUAUUUAUAUUUAUAUACAGAUGAAGCACGAACUGUAGAAUAUAUCAGAGUGCUAAAUAUUUACGUGACUAAAAGUUUUAGAACAGAAAAGCAUCAAGUUCCUGCAAUAUUUGUCUGCAGUUCCCUUGUUUGUAAUAACGGCGUCACGCCUCAUUAAAAUCACAUAUCAAUAAAUUUUGCAGCUCAGCUUCUUUCAGUAGUUGUGUGUUUCCAGGGGUUUCUCUCUUCAGUCUCCUCUUCAGGAGCUGAGAUGUUCCUCAGUCUGCUUCAGUUCUGCUGAGUGACUUGUUCAGUCUGAGACCUUCCUGUGUUUCCUGUCACUGUGUUUUGGAUUCUUGUCUUGAUGCAGGAUGAAGUUCCUCCUCAUUAGACUGGACUCUUUCUAAAUGACCAGACAGAAUGUUUCUGUAGAUGUCUGAGAUCUAUCUGCUGCCACUAACCCUAACCCUAUCAUCACUGAAGAUCAGUUAGAUUGUUCCAGAAGCAGCAAUAAAGCUCAAGCCAUCACGCCACCACCACGUUUCACAGAUCAGCACAGAUGUUUUGGAUCAUGAGCAGAUCCUCCUCGCUUUGGUCUUUCCAUCACUCUGACAGAGGUUCAUCUCACUUCUCUGGAUCAUCUCUGCACUACUUUGUGAGUGACCAUCUGAUCUUCUGAGUCUUCCUGCAUUUUGUGGUCUCUGCUCUCCAAGUCUUCUUCCUGUGAUGGACCGUGAAUCCUUCACUCUGCCCUGUGGAGGUGGUUGCUGAUGUCACACAAUGUUGCUUUUGGGGUUUUUCUUCAAAGCUUUCACAAUGUUUCUGUCCUCAGAUGCUGUUUUUCUUGGCUGAUCUGUCCAGUGUGUGGUCUUCAGUACUCCAGUGGGCAGGACAGUAUAAAUAGUUGCACUGGCAGUGCGCAGAGGCUCUGAUGGAGUUUCAGUAAAUAAAAGAUGAAAUGAUGAAAACUGCUUUACUGUCUUAUCAUCUGAUCUCAGACACGAGGUCUUCAGUCUAGAACACAAAAAGAGCAGGACAAAUGACAGGUUUCAGUACUUCAGGAGAAGACUGUGUUUAUUUUGAUGACAUGGCGAAAUGUUUCGCCGCCAAAACAUUUCAGCUACUAAUUAUCCUGAAGCGGCUCUCAUUUUAGUUAGCAACGUUAGCAUUCUGGAGACAUUAAUCACUGUUGUUACAGGAGACUUUGUUUAAUGUUUAAUUCUAACAGCAAUAAAGUAGAAGAAUUAAAUAAACAAUAGUCUGGAGCUGUGAUUUGGGGCAGAUUUCCCCCUGGGUGAAAUUAGCAUCUCACAGGGCGGAACUGGAGGAUUUAUAGAUGAACCAUGUGCCAGAACGCUGGACAGAAUAGUUAGCAUGUUAUGAGCGAGGGAAUUCUCUCUGGUUUACUAGAUUUGGAAUGAGUCUACAUGUCAGCAUCCAUCACAGAAAUGAGGACAAUAAGGACAGACUUGAAUAUUAAAUGUCAUGACGUCUUUGUUCCACAGUGAAACCAGCUAUGCAGUGCUGACCGUUCUGGAAAAGUAAUAAGAAACAGAAGAUGGUUCUGUCCUGACCACUUCACAGUCUGUGGCCCACUUCCUGCUUACUUAUCUGAACUUUCUGAUCUCUCCUUGCUGAUGUUUGUUGAGAUUUGCCCGAUCUGUCACAGAGCCAGUUCCAGUGGUGGUCAAUAAGAAAGUAAAUGUAAUACUUUACUGAAUUUAAGUAUUUAACCAAAAGAACCCAGUUGUCCAGUCACAGCCCAGCAAACUGAGCUACAGCGUGUGCAUUAUUUUUGAACCUACGUUUCUUUUUGUUUUUAUUAAGUGCAGAGAGCGCAAACGGUUCUGCAGUGUCACAGCCUGAAAUACUGUAGACUACGACAGAAGAAAACCCUGACCCCAUCCCUCCACCUGACCACCCAUGACCUGUGGCCUGACCUGCAGGAUUUGUUUUAAGUUGUAGAACAGAAGAAAGACUCUUUCAUUUUCAGAUUCCUGCUCUGCCUCAGUAGCAUACCAUUUCAUCUUACAAGAAUUCAAC